AUGGGCAACUUAAACCUGAAGUCGAGUUGCCCCUGCUCUUCAUCCAUCUGGACUUUCUGUGGUGAUUUUACUCUCUCAAUUGUUUUAAGCCACCAAGUGCGGACAGCUUUCACUCACCAAGCUGCCGAAUUCCGUCGUCAACUAGUUGACCAGCCAUCACUUCCACUCGCCAUCCGAUUUAAAAGGAUGAAGGUCCGUUCGUCUGUGAAAAAAAUGUGUGAGUUUUGCCGUGUGGUGAAGAGACGUGGACGUGUUUAUGUCCUGUGUUCUGCUAGUCCCAAGCACAAGCAGCGACAGGGAAUCUCCACAUUUGCGUACCAAGGCCUGAUACCACCAGUGGCCGUAACCGAAAGUUCAAAGGAGAUGACAUCAUUUGCUGCUGAUGGUGCCAAAAAUGGUUUGCCUUCACUCAUAUACCACAAGAAUGACACAUUUACUGCGACACCUUGGUGGAAAGUUGGUCUUGUCUCUCGUCUGUUCAAUCAGAACAGCAACCAGUAG